UUUCUUUUAAGCGACAGGGUGUCUAGACACACACGUGACCGGGCGCGUCAAUGCGCACUGGAGACUGGAGACGGAGCAAGGGCACCCAAACCAUCCGCCUCAUUUACAGACAGAGAGCCUUCUCACCCCCCUCGAGAUCACUCGUCGGCUCGCUUUUCUUUCACACUCAGACACGGAAACUUCGUGUGCGAUACGAGGUUGGAUUAUUUUAUCUUUAAAGGAUUCUCGGCGACACUAAAAUAGGUUACGAGGAGGCUCGGUGCGUGGACGUAAACCCGAGGGUCUCUCUGUUUCUCUCUCUGGCUUUUCAACUCGGGUGAGAGAUUCAGUCCUGGAUUUUGCUCCCUGACUCUUUGGACGAGGCUCACUCUUGCCAGCAGACCACAUCCUCUGCAGACGAGUGGCAUAUUUAGACGAUAACGGAUAAAAAAAAAAAAAGCCUCCGCGAGCCUGCUGGAGAGCCAGUCGGAUCAAGGAUUUUGUGGAUUAAUGCUCUUGAAGACACGGCGGCAAGCUUCGGUUUUCAUGGGAUAAUUGUGAUAGCGUUUAGGCUUAAUUAGGCCCCAGUUUGUCUCGUUUCUACCACAGCUAAUGCGCACAGAUUAAAAAAAAGAUGUUUUGACAUUGUUUUUAUGCUAAAAAUCGGCACGGAGAUUGUUUUUUAAAGGGGUCAGUCCUCCGCGCUAUAGGCUGCACAUCACCAAUAAUUGUACCAGGCUACAUGCUGUUGUAGCAGAGGUGUACAAGCUGCUAGAUUCAUUUUUUUACAGGCUCGUCUUAAACGCCUGGAAGUGAUGGUUAUUUAUCCCCGAAGGACAAGCUGACUGUCCCGCGAAACUCGACUGCUUUUCGGUGAUCAAGUCUGCAGGAGACGGCAACAGAGACUGGCGUAUGCUACAGAUUUCCUCUGCUUAUCCAGCUCCCAGUUUUUCCACCGUAUUUUCUCAGGCUGCUUGUCAUUGCCUGGACUCGGAUCCCGGAAUCUUCAUGAUUUGCGGACACCAUGCUCGUUUUUUAGCCGGGGAACCCUCUUUUCGUCCCGCAUGUUUAGGACCAAACGAUCGGGGCUCGUCCGGCGACUCUGGAGGAGCCGUGCGCCCGUGGAGGGCGACGGGGAGGCGGAUAGAGGGACGCAUGGCUCCGGGGGCUGCUGCAUGGGCAAAACGACAAAGGUGGCCAAGUCCAACGCCGGGUCGGAGGCUGAAUUGAAGGCGUUGACCCACUCGAUACUGAAAAAGAUCAAAGAGAAACAAUUAGAGGUGCUUUUGCAGGCGGUGGAGUCCAAGGGGGGUGCCCGGAGCCCCUGCUUGCUCCUGCCCAGCAAAGUGGACGCCAAAGUGGGUCAACAGUCUUACUCUCUCCCCAUGCUGCUCUACAAAGUGUUCAGGUGGCCGGACCUCAGGCAUUCCUCGGAGCUCAAGAGGCUGUCUUGCUGUGAAUCCUACGGGAAAAUCAACCCAGAGCUCGUUUGCUGCAACCCGCACCACAUGAGCAGACUUUGUGAACUCGAGUCUCCUCCUCCUCCAUAUUCGCGCUAUCCCAUGGACUAUCUUAAACCACCAGAUUCUCCAGACUCUGGACCUUCAUCCAGUGAUACUGGGGGAACGACAUACUCGGCCCCUGUGGGGCUUUCAGGUAAAUAUUCCAACAAAUUUCUUUUUCUGCCAUCCCUCCCUUUUUGAAAAUUGUAUUAUUUCCCUCCUCUGUGCAUUCCUCUCACCACACACACUCAUCUCCCCUCCAUACUUGUGAUGAUGAGGCAGUGAUUGUGGGGGCCCCUGCUUCCCCUCUGUAAUAAAAAAAAAAAAAACAGUGAAGGAGGGUGGUGUAUUUCUCCAACAUCCACAUAAAGUCCUCCCUCCUGGCUCUUUGAACAACGCUCCUCUCUUCUUUGGACUGACAUGCGAGUGUUUGUUUGGGUGUGUUUGUGCAUACAGGGGAUGUCUUCGUGGACAGUUAACUCUCCUCUGGGCUCCGUGUGUGGAUAAGAGUGAGACACAGGCGCCUUUCUUUCUUCCAUCUCUCAUGCAGGACUUGUUUCGCGCUUCCUCAGCUUUUCUCCCAUAAUCCCCUUUGGCAGCGUUGCCUUCCUUACCCAGCGCCCUGUCCGCAGGCUACAGAAUAAGAUGGUGCUCACAGGAGAGAGAAAGAGAGUUUGCUCUCCUGUGCCUGCUCUGUGCUGUUCUCUGCUUUCCUCCGCCUCAGAUGGUUCUCAUUACUGGGCCUUUAAAGCCUGUUUUAUGUCAGUUGGUGUUCGCUGCCCAUUUCCCCCCCUCCUUUGUUUGGUGGUAGGGGGGUUAGCUUGACUGCCUGCAUGUGUGUGUGCGCGCGUGUGUGUGUGUGUCCUGAGAUGGGGGAAGAGAUCGGAGCUUACAAGAACAAAACAAAAAAAUUUCUCCUUAGUCUUCCUCUCCUCUCCUCCGCACCUUCAGAUGGACAUUAAAGUCCUCCUUGCGUGCAUUAACUAAAGACACAUUUCAGUUCAAACUGUGAAACCCUAGAACUGGAGUCUUAACAGGCGCCCCCACGCUCCCCUCCUCCCUCCCUCAGCAAGGCGUACCCUCCUCCUCCUCCCCUGUUUUCCUUCCUGGCGAGGAUGACAUGGCAGCGGCGGCCAGCGCUCCACUGAAUGGGCCUCCUCAGUAAAAGUAGCAAAGGUAGAAAGGCCAGGGCGGGAUGGCCGAAGCGCCCUGCCAUCAUGAUUUCCCUGGCAGGCCAAGAAAAAAAAAGGCUGCUCCAUUCCCUCUCAUACUCCCUCCCUGCCUCUCCCUCUCUCCCUGCUUCCCUCCUUCACUCCUUCACUCCCUCCCUCUGGGGCCCUGACAAAAGAAACAUGGCUCUCCCAGAGGCCCACUGCUGACCUUCUAAUUCACUCACUCUGCCCUUUUUAUGUUCUUCUCCAGACAUAUUUACAGAGAGGAAGGAGGAAGAAUGAGGAGGGUGGCAGAGACUUGAAGUCAGCUGUUACUUUUUUCGCAUUGUACUAAAAUAAUUAAGUGCGUGUUGACGUUGAGAAAAAAAGUGGAUUGGUGAAGCAGUUUUAGCCUUGCUAUUGAAUUAGAUUGAA